CAGAGUUUGCAGUGCAGUCCCGCAGAUUCGCUGCGUUCCUGACACACAGCUCACCUACCUGUACGUGCGUUAUUUGGCCGUCCCUGUGCCGCUGGACUCUGAGCCUGUCACUCCCCGAGGACAUAACGUUCCCUCCGCCCUGUGCAGGUGGAGCUGCUCCUGCGGACACUUCUCCUGGAGCUCUCAGCUUUUCGCCCGCAGUGCUCGGCUUCUUCUAUCUGGAUGUCUGCGGGACGGGGCGGCUCCGAGCUGUCAGAAGUGCGUGAUGGACACUGACUGAGGAAUGGCAGGCUGUCGGAGGUUUCAUGACCUUCAUUAGGAUUUUGGUGGCUUUUGAAGAAUGAACAAACGUUGCCAUGGAGGCAGAAAGUGAGGUGGAGUUUCCCAGCGAUGUGAAAUUUGUUCCAUUGUGGAGGAAAGCUAAUUCUCAUGUCCCGCACGGAGAGGGACUGUACUACAGCCCCAAACCAAGACCACAGUCCUAUCAGAGCCCGAAUGGAUUGCUCAUUACAGACUUCCCUGUGGAGGACAAGCAGAGUUUCACAGUGACCCAACCUGCCGAAAGGAUUACAAGUUCUCCAGAGGGCAGGAUCCAUCACCAAGGAGGAACUUGCUUGCACCGUCCUAAUGGGAAAUUGCAGCCAUCAUCUUCCCUAUCAUCUCUGGAAUAUAAAUCAUUGUCCCCAAGCCAAAAGCGUUCAUCUCAGGUCUUGAAAGUGGUUUCCAAUAAUUCUAUCACUUUUACUAACAGUGAAUACCUUUCUUCUCCAAGCCAAAAACCAAUGCUUUCAAGGCGGACAUCUGGCAAUGUUACACUGACGCCUGAUCGGGAGAAGAUUGUCUUUGGGUCCAGUUCUGGAUUGGUAUCUAAUGGGAUGGUUACCACUACUAACUGCAGCCAACAGGACGCAGAUAUUUCCGAUUCUUUCUCUAGUUCUCCAAAAUCUCCUUUAGAAGAAAAACAGCCUCUGCAAAGAGUCCCAUCUAACCCAGAAAGGCAGUCCAUCAUUCUGAGCACAAACAGUGUGGUGUCUCUCAAAAUAGGGGAGCGACAAAUCAUUCCCAAAGACUUGGCCACGGAGAUCAGGAUGACCACCAAUAAGAAUAGCGCACAGAACAGUCAGAACAUGGAGCCCAGCAGAAGGCUGCUCAAGACUCGUAGCAUGGUGGAGACCAGCACAAGUGGCCGGGUGGCCUCUCCAGAAGAUGGAGAUGUAGAAGCAGAGACCGAAAGCCCGGGUGCACUACGUAGGGGGCUUAGGUCCACCUCGUAUCGAAGGGCGGUAGUAAGUGGUGUCGAUUUCAACAGUUCAGCAGAUAGGAAAAAAAAUAACAGAAUGUCUCAGCCAAUCCUCAAAGCCGUGGUAGAAGAUAAAGAACGCUUCUCUAGUUUGGGAAGGAUAAAACGCAAGAUACUACGAGGACAAGGAACUUUCGAUGGGGAAGAGAACGCCGUCUUAUAUCAAAACUACAAGGAGAAGGCGCUGGAUAUCGACUCAGAUGAGGAAGCUGAUGGCAAAGAGCCGAAAGAAGAUCGCAUUGUUGUUUUGUACAAACCUUUGAGGUCCACGUGGAGUCAGCUGUCAGUGGUAAAGAAGAAUGGCUUGUCACAGAGCAUUGGCCAAGAAGAAAGAAAAAGACAAGAGGCAAUGUUUGAGGUUAUUUCAUCGGAACAUUCAUAUCUACUCAGUUUAGAGAUUUUAAUUCGAAUGUUCAAGAAUUCUAAGCAACUGAGUUCUACCAUGACCAAGACUGAAAACCACCAUCUCUUCUCCAAUAUUACAGAUGUGUGUGAGGCCAGCAAAAAAUUUUUUAAAGAACUGGAAGGAAGACAUCAAAGAAACAUUCUCAUUGAAGACAUCAGUGACAUUAUGGAGAAACAUGCAAAGUCUACGUUUGAUCCCUAUGUGAAAUAUUGCACAAAUGAAGUCUAUCAGCAAAGGACACUACAGAAAUUAAUAGCUACAAAUGCAUCCUUCAGGGAGGUUUUGAUGAAAAUUGAAGCCCAAGAAGAAUGCAGGAAUCUCCCCAUGAUCUCGUUCCUCAUCCUUCCAAUGCAAAGAGUUACUCGUCUCCCACUCCUCAUGGAUACAAUUUGUCAAAAAACACCUAAAGAUUCUGCUAAAUAUGAAGCCUGUAAAAGAGCCUUGAAAGAAGUUAGCAAGCUGGUACGUCUGUGCAAUGAAGGAGCAAGGAAGAUGGAAAGAACAGAAAUGAUGGUGACCAUUAACUCUCAGUUGGAGUUUAAAAUAAAGCCUUUCCCCUUAGUGUCGUCUUCUCGGUGGUUAUUGAAGAGGGGGGAACUUGCAUCCUUCGUAGAGGACACUGGCAUUUUCUCCAAGAGGACAACAAAACAACAAGUCUACUUCUUCCUGUUCAAUGACGUGCUCAUUAUUACGAAGAAGAAGAGUGAUGAGAGCUACAAUGUGACAGACUAUUCCAUGCUGGACCAGCUCCAUGUUGAGCAGUGUGACAAUGAAGAACCAUGUUCUCCUUUAAAGAACAGUACGCCCAUCCUUUACUCAAGACAGAGCUCAGCGAACCAUCUGUUCACACUCACCAUCCGAAGCAAUUAUGCUGGAGACGAGGUGGAGAUGCUGUUGGGAGUCGAUACCCUGAGUGACCGAGCACGUUGGAUCACCGCACUGGGUCAGAGCACAGAAAAGGCAUGCACCGAUAGAACUACUUUAACACAAGUGGAGAUUAUCCGGACCUAUACUGCCAAGCAGCCAGAUGAGCUGUCCCUGCAAGUUGCUGAUGUCGUCCUCAUUUACCAGAAAGUCAAUGAUGGAUGGUAUGAAGGUGAACGGCUGAGGGAUGGCGAAAGAGGCUGGUUCCCCCUUGAAUGUGCUAAAGAAAUAACAUGCAAAGCUACAAUAGAGAAGAACAUGGAACGGAUGGGACGAUUGCUGGCGCUGGAAACGAAUGUGUAGAAGUAAAGGCGUAGCAUUUUUCUUACUGCAGGAUUUGCACUAUAGUAGCAGCACUGUGUAGAGAAAUAAGAGGGACGAGGAGUGACCACUGACCUAGGACUUCUGCAUGGACGAAAGAAGAGCUAUGACACGGCCAGGUUGGUUUACUUAACCAGACAAGUGCUGGACUGCCUAUGUGAGAACUCCCUGCUUAUCAGUCCACACAUUUGUAGCCUCUCUUUAUCUCUGGGAGAAAAUUUUAUAUUGAGAACUUGAAACAUAGCAAGGCAGGAAAUGACUAUGAAGAAACCCGAUCGUGGAGACUUCACACCUUCAUUCACAUUCCAUGGGAUUAUCCUGCACUGUCCUCGCACUGAGAGGUCCCGCGGACUACGCUCGGUGGAUAUUAGAGGGGCUGUUAUGAAUGACAAUUCAGAUAAGCUGUGUAUUUUACCACUACAGUGCGACAGGCGAGGUUGAGAAUGUUCAUGUUUUGGAGCAAUGUUGUUCUGAAUUACUAGGGAAUUAUGACUACUUGUCAAAGGAGAACUUAACUUUGGUUAGGAAAGAAGGUUUCCUUAUUUCAGAAACAGCAGCACUCCUGUCUGUGGAUUGUUUCUGGUAUUUGCAGUUCAGACUCAUUUGCUUGAUCAAGACUUAGUAGUAGCCCAUGGACAUGAGUUGCAUUUGUUCCUACAAUAAGAGAGCCUAUUAUUUAAUACAACCCCUGUAUAUAACAGUGUAUCCCUCCUCUCCUGACUCAAGGCCAGCUGUCAAGUCAUCACAAGAAGCAUCGUCAGCACCAAAAGGGAAAAUAAGGGCCCAUUUACCUGGCCUGAUACCCAGGGCAAUGAUUGGGAACGAACCAUUCAUUUACAACCAUUGGCCAUGACCAGUUACACGCCGCAGCAAUCCUCCGCUCUGUAUUAGAAUGCACAAUCAUUUGUCGCCUAGAUUCAUUUUUUGCCGGCAGCACAUUCCUACUUACACACAGGGAUAUGCCGUCUACAAAGGCUGAUUUGUAUGUUCCACAGAUCACCCAGCAAACAAGUGCUCUGCUUGUUUGUCAGGUGAUCAGCAGCACAAGUACACGAGGCAGUUAUCGGGAACGAGCUUUCCUACAAACAUCUGUUCCUGAUCAUCUGAACUAGGAGCAAUGGGGGUGUUGCCCCUACUCCUAGAGGCUGUGUUCUCCCUCCGCUGGGCACACCCUCAUCAUCCAGGCAGGAUGAGGUGAGCGCUGCUUGGCCCUGUCAGUCAGCAUGAUGAGGGUGUGCCCAGAGGAGGGAGAGCAGAGCCUCUAGUAGUAGGGGAAACACCCCCAUUGCUCUAGAGGCUCACUUGCAUUUAACAAACAUAGAGGGACAUAGACAGACGGGACAAAGACUGUUAUCUUCAGCUGACAUCAGCACAUAUGUAAAGACUUGCAAUUUUAACAAAUCAAAUCUAUAACUGCUUAUGAGCAGACGUAAAUUUUAGCAAAAAUUUGUGCCAUAUUCUCCUAAAUGAGGUCUUCUUUGGAGGUCAUGAGGACUUUUCUCAUCGCUUGCUAUGACCUACAGGAUUUUAGUGGUGCCGUGUGAGACAAAAACUGGCAUACACUGCAUUAUAAUUGUGGGCUAUUGUCUUUUUAGAAGUGAGUGCUUGUAUUAAUAGAAGGGUACAUGCAUCACACAUCAAGUGACAUGCACAGCACAUAGCAGUGUACAUACGAACAUCAGUCAUCACUGGGAUUACAGACCAUUGGCAAAAUAUGUUAAAAACAUGACAAUGAAUAAAAGUCUAUAGGAAUUUAGGGGGUCAUUUAUUAAGAUACCGGUCUUAAUAACCCCUAUAUCUGGUGGUGGAUCUGCUGAAGUUAUGAAGAGGUGCAUCCAGCGCCAAUCUAAAUGUAAGACAGCUUCCUUGCUGUCUUACAUUUAGACCAUUUUGUACACCUAAAACAGGCAUAGAAAAUGAUGAAUUAGACGGGCCUGCUGGUCCACGUGACGCCCACUUUUUUAUACAUAGCGUGAGUGGGGAAAAGUCGCAGAUUGUGGUGCAACUAACUGUUGUGCCGCAAUCUGCGCCUGAAAUACACCUUAUAUAAGCAUAUUUCAGGAUAAUAAAUGACCCCCCUUAGUUCUGUAUUAGAAGGUCAGAUAUUUUUUUAACUAGCGAGUUGUCUACAUUCAGAAAAUGUACAAUUACAUGUAAACAAUAAUUGCUAAAUAUUUUCACUGUUUUCUUAUUAUUGCAAUCGUUGUGUUUUUACCCCAAGAGCAUCUACGCUGCUAAUGAUCGGCAGAUUUCUGAUAAUCCUUCAGUCUGGUAGAUUUGUCCAGUCAAUGGAAAUGAAACAAUUUAUUGUCAUUAUUUGAUUGCUGCAUGCUAUUACAUAUAGAGAUAAUUUAUCAAAUUUGAAACAUUAUAUGAUAAUUACUCUGAGGCCUUUAGAAUGAAAAAAUUGACAUCAGCAUUCCUGCCAAAAUCUGUUUUAUUGUGCCUCAUCCAAAACACCAUGCCACUUUUUCGCCCUUUUUCAAGCCUUGAAAUAGGCUUCUUAGAGGCCAAAAUGGUGCAUACAGAUUUUGGUAGGAAUGCUGACAUCCAUUUUUGUUUUAUUUGUGUUAUUCAGGACUGAUAUUGCUGAACUAUAGUGGACUGUAGCUGACAUCUGUGCUGUUUCCACCUCUACAUCUAUAAUAGGCCCUUAAAGCGUACCUGAAUUUUCAAAAAAGGUUACAUAAUAAUGGCUGUGCUUCUUUGUACAAUCAUAACAGUUAUGGAAUAGUUAUGUUUGGGCUUACCUAAAGUGUCUUUCAGCUGCACAGCUAGAUCCAUUUCACUUAAAAGCAGGGGCCAUCUUCCUUCUGCCAGCACUGUACUGCUGUGAUAUCCUUUCCCUUACUUCCCACUAUGUUUCAAAAAAGGUUACAUAAUAAUGGCUGUGCUUCUUUGUACAAUCAUAACAGUUAUGGAAUAGUUAUGUUUGGGCUUACCUAAAGUGUCUUUCAGCUGCACAGCUAGAUCCAUUUCACUUAAAAGCAGGGGCCAUCUUCCUUCUGCCAGCACUGUACUGCUGUGAUAUCCUUUCCCUUACUUCCCACUAUGUUU